GGCUGGCAACUGGUGCUUAGCAACCCUGACCGCCUGCCUGCUGAGGAGCCAAAGCCCCCAGCCAGGACCCUGUGCCCCCGGCUGGCCUCACGUGCAUGGAAUGGUGCUGUGCCCGGUGCCAGCAGGCUGGGCUCACCAUGGUGCCGGGUGCCAUCCUGGCACGAGGGAGGGAUGUUUGUAAGCGGAACGGACUGCUCGUCCUGUCUGUGCUGUCUGUCACCGUGGGCUGCCUCCUCGGCUUCUUCCUGAGGACCCAGCGCCUCUCACCACAGGAAAUUAGUUACUUCCAGUUUCCUGGGGAGCUCCUGAUGAGGAUGUUGAAGAUGCUGAUCCUACCGCUGGUGGUCUCCAGCUUGAUAUCCGGCCUCGCCUCUCUGGAUGCCAAGACCUCCAGCCGCUUGGGCAUCCUCACGGUGGCAUACUACCUGUGGACCACCUUCGUGGCAGUCAUCGUGGGCAUCGUCAUGGUCUCCAUCAUCCACCCGGGCGGGGCGGCCCAGAAGGAAGAGACGGAACAGAGUGGGAAGCCCAUCAUGAGCUCAGCCGACGCCCUCCUGGACCUCAUCCGGAACAUGUUCCCGGCCAACCUGGUAGAAGCCACAUUCAAACAGUACCGCACCAAGACCACGCCCGUGGUCAAGUCCCCCCAAGUGGCAUCGGACGAGGCCCCUUCUCAGCGGAUCUUCAUCUAUGAGGUCCAGGAAGAGAAUGGCUCUCACAUUCAGAACUUUGCCCUGGACCUGAUCCCACCACCCGAGGUCAUCUACAAGUCAGAGCCUGGCACCAGCGAUGGCAUGAAUGUGCUGGGCAUCGUCAUGUUCUCUGCCACCAUGGGCAUCAUGCUGGGCCGCAUGGGUGAGAGCGGGGCCCCCCUGGUCAGCUUCUGCCAGUGCCUCAAUGAGUCCGUCAUGAAGAUCGUGGCAGUGGCUGUGUGGUACUUCCCCUUCGGCAUUGUGUUCCUCAUCGCCGGCAAGAUCCUGGAGAUGGAUGACCCCACAACUGUCGGGAAAAAGCUGGGCUUCUAUGCAGUCACCGUAGUGUGCGGGCUGGUGGUCCAUGGCCUCGUCAUCCUGCCCCUGCUCUACUUCUUCAUCACCAGAAAGAACCCCGUCGUCUUCAUCCGCGGUGUCCUUCAGGCCCUGCUCAUCGCACUGGCCACCUCCUCCAGCUCGGCCACACUGCCCAUCACCUUCAAGUGCCUGCUGGAGAACAACCACAUUGACCGGCGCAUCGCCCGCUUCGUGCUGCCCGUGGGCGCCACCAUCAACAUGGACGGCACUGCGCUCUACGAGGCGGUGGCUGCCAUCUUCAUCGCCCAGGUCAACAACUAUGAGCUGGACUUCGGCCAGAUCAUCACCAUCAGCAUCACAGCCACCGCAGCCAGCAUCGGGGCAGCUGGCAUCCCCCAGGCCGGGCUCGUCACCAUGGUCAUCGUGCUCACCUCUGUGGGCCUGCCCACGGACGACAUCACCCUCAUCAUUGCUGUCGACUGGGCUCUGGACCGCUUCCGCACCAUGAUUAACGUGCUGGGGGAUGCGCUGGCCGCGGGGAUCAUGGCCCACAUCUGCCGGAAGGACUUCGCUCAGGACACGGACACCGAGAAAGCGCCGCCCUGCGAGACCAAGCCGGUGAGCCUGCAGGAGAUCAUGGCGACCCAGCAGAACGGCUGUGUGAAGAGCGUGGCGGAGGCCUCCGAGCUGACCCUGGGCCCCACCUGUCCCCACCAUGUCCCCAUCCAGGUGGAGCAGGAGGAGGAGCCGGCUGCCGCCAGCCUGGACCACUGCACCAUAGAAAUCAGCGAGCUCGAGACCAAUGUCUGAGCCUGCAGAGCCGCAGCGGCCAGGGGAGGCCUCCAGGGUUGGAGCAAAGGGAAGGAUUUCAACUUACUGCCUCCUGAGCACACAGGGGCCAGCCUGACCCAUUCUUCCCACCCGGAGAGCUCGGAGUUCACUCCAUUUACCAAAAGUGGAGUCUCAGAGGGAAACCCCAGCUGGGGAGUGGUGGGCCGGCGUAGCCAGCCCCGGCUGUGACUUCCCAUCACGUUGGCCCGUGAGGACAGCAGGCAGGGGUGAGGGUCCAUCUCUUCUGGGUGACAGGGUUAAGGCUGAACACAUUUAUCCCAGGCCUCAGAGCAAGUCAGGGCUAGGACUCCAACACAAGUCUUUCAAGUCCUGGGCAGGCCCUCCUGGAGGCAGGGGCACCUGCAGGGCCAGAUGCCAAGAGAGGCUCUAGGGGCCCUGCCCUGUCUCAGAGCCCCGCAGCCACCACUGCUUUCAAUUUCUGAAGACGUAACAACAGUGCCCCGGGUCUACCCCUGUGUCCCAGCCCAGCCAGCCCUCCCGCCACCCCAUAACAUGUGGCCUCAAACAGCCCUCCCCAAAGAGGCCCCGCCCAGGACCAAGGCCUGCUGCCUUCCAUGUGCCACGGCCCGU